UCAAGAUGUUGUUAUGCCUUCUGGCUUGGCUAUAAUCUCUCUAGCACUUGGUCCAAAGCUUCACCUGAGUUUCUUUCUCUACCUUUUGAAGCAACAAUUCUUAGGUUCAUCCUCGUCUAUCUAUCUGUGUGUGUGCCCUCUGACACAGGGCAAGGACACUCAUCUGGUCUUGGUUUCUUGUUGCAUCAGCAAAGUCGUCCUAGAAAGUUGAACAAGAUUUCAUCAGUUAGCUGUGGCCUAUUUUGCUAUUUCUCAAGAUUACACAGACUGAAAUUCUUGAGCUGACUGAAUAAAACGCAAACUAUGUCACUGGUUAUAUCGGCAGAGCUUGCUGAUACAUCAUAUAGGAAUGCCAAGCUCUACACAAUAAAGGGAACCGAUGUGAAACCUGGCUUGUCCUCCAAUAAUUUUGUACCUGAUAAGCACAGAAACAUGUACAUGACAGAUUCAUAUUCCAGAGAGAGUUAUGAAAAGUAUUUCCUGGAUUCACCAACAGAAGAACUGACAUCAAGUUCCAGCAUAUCAGUAAAUUCAAUUCACCAUGAUGCUGCUUCUUCUUACCAGCUCAGGGCUAGUCCAGGAGCUUCUAUGGUUUCUGAUAAACCAUUUGAUACUUCUCUCAUGUCUACAAGGAAUCAUGAUGCCUAUGAGUCCGACUUCGUAUCAGAUUUCUUGGAUCAUGAAAGCCCGGAUUACCUUGAAGUUGAUGGUGAAAUGCGAUUAAAACUACAAGAGUUGGAGAGGGCGUUGCUUGGUGAUAAUAAUGAUGACGAGGAUGAGGGAGAGGAAGAAGAAGAGGAGGACAUGUUUGGUACUUUCCAAAGCAUGGAGAUUGAUGAUCCUGACAUAGCUGUGUGGGCCGACGCUGAUCCCAUUCAGAACAUGCUGCUCCAUGACCAUGACUCACCAAAGGAAUCUUCAUCCUCAGAUUCCAACAUUAGCAGCAUCAGCAGCACCACCAAAGAAACAUCUCAAUUUCAAAACUCUCCUCAGACCCCGAAGCAAUUGCUUUAUGAAUGUGCUAGUGCUCUUUCAGAAGGAAAUAAAGUGAAAGCCUCAUCUAUGAUAAAUGAUCUCAGGCAGAUGGUCUCAAUUCAAGGAGAUCCUUCCCAAAGAAUUGCAGCAUAUAUGGUGGAAGGCCUCGCGGCUCGCUUGGCUUCAUCCGGAAAAUGUAUAUACAGAGCUUUGAAAUGCAAGGAGCCUCCUUCUUCAGACCGUCUCGCAGCAAUGCAGAUACUAUUCGAGGUCUGCCCGUGUUUUAAAUUUGGAUUCAUCGCUGCGAAUGGUGCCAUUGCAGAGGCUGUGAAGAAUGAAAAGAAGGUUCACAUCAUAGAUUUUGACAUCAACCAAGGAAGUCAAUACAUAACUCUAAUACAAACACUUGCUUCAAGGCCAGGCAAGCCACCCCAUGUGAGAUUGACCGGGGUUGACGAUCCUGAGUCCGUGCAGCGAUCUGUCGGAGGCUUAAACAACAUAGGACAAAGGCUCGAAAAGCUUGCAGAAGCACUUGGGUUGCCGUUUGAGUUUCGAGCUGUGGCAUCAACUACUUCUCUUGUCACCCAAUCAAUGCUCAACUGUCGCCAAGGGGAAGCUCUUGUGGUGAACUUUGCAUUCCAGCUUCAUCACAUGCGAGAUGAGAGCGUGUCAACAGUGAACGAACGGGACCAGCUCCUUCGCAUGGUGAAGAGCCUGAAUCCAAAACUUGUGACGGUUGUGGAGCAGGACAUGAACACUAACACCUCUCCUUUUCUGCCGAGAUUCAUUAUAGCGUACGAAUACUACUCUGCUGUGUUCGACUCGCUUGAUGCCACUCUUCCUAGAGAGAGCCAGGACAGGGUGAAUGUGGAAAGGCAGUGUUUGGCGAGGGACAUUGUUAAUAUUGUCGCGUGUGAGGGCGAGGAUCGGAUAGAGAGGUAUGAAGUUGCUGGGAAAUGGAGAGCAAGGAUGACAAUGGCCGGGUUCAAUUCUUCCCCUAUGAGCACAAAUGUGAAGGAAGCAAUCAGGGAACUCAUUAAGCAGUACUGUGACAGGUACAAGAUGAAGGAUGAAAUGGGGGCACUUCAUUUUGGGUGGGAAGACAAGAACUUGAUUGUUGCUUCAGCAUGGAAGUGACCAUUAUAUUUCUUUUUGUCCUUCACGGAUUACGAUCCGCUCAUGCAUGUGAAACUUGUCUGUCUAUAUCUCUUCAUAAAUAUUAAGAUACUCCUACUUAUUUAAUAAUUAUGAAGAGAAAGAUGGACACAAUUUCAUCUCAACAUUUCACUGUCGUGUGAAGUUUCCACAUGAGAGGAUUCUGAUCCGUUAACCUGAGAAAUGAUAGUGUUAAUGUAGCUUUGUUUGUUUGUUUAGUAUAUUAUUAUGUAUGUGUUUAAACAUGGUCCAGACUAAGCUAAUACGAACUUUGGUGUAAUCCAAGUAUUUAACGCGGCUGGAAGACAAUGGAGUAGGGACCACAUAAACCAGCUAUGCUUAGGCAUGCAAUGACAUCAUUCCUUGUUAGCAUCA